GUUACCCAUGUUCUAAAUGUGGCAUACGGAGUCCAAAAUGCCUUCCUUAAUGACUUUAUAUACAAGACCAUUUCUAUUCUGGACCUCCCUGAAACGGAUAUUACCUCCUAUUUCCCAGAAUGUUUUGAGUUUAUUGAGAAAGCCAAGAUCCAGGACGGUGUGGUUCUGGUGCACUGCAACGCAGGAGUCUCCCGUGCAGCCGCAGUCGUCAUUGGUUUUCUAAUGAAUUCAGAAGGACUGAGUUUUGCCAGAGCCUUUUCCGUGGUGAAAAACGCGAGGCCUGCGGCUUGUCCAAAUCCUGGCUUCAUGGAGCAGCUUCACAAGUACCAAGAGCAGAACGUAAAGGCAAAUGGAAGCAUCAAUGAUCACGACUGA